AAGAAACUACUAGUAGCAUAGGAAAGCAGCACUUUUGAGCCAUGGCUCCGUCUUUGGGAGCAUGGCGCGAUGUCGAAGAGCUGCCAGACUUCAGGCAUAUGUCGUCGAUGCCAUGUCAUGAACGAGCCCGGCAUUCUGCAUGUGCGCUGCAAGAUGUGGCUUCAGCGAUGAGCCUUCCAGCCUGGGCGAGCCGCAUCAAUGCUGCCAACUUGACCGCAGCAUUGGACCUCCAUGAUGUAUGUGCGAUGGCAAGCCAGCAUCACAUCGCCGGGCUGCACAAGACAAGGGGGGACCCUAUUGCCUCGGGCGUGCCCCAGUCACUCGAGGAGGAAGCCGCCAUGUUGGUUUUGGCUGGCGCAUUGGAUUUUGGUGCCAGUUGGCGAGAUGAGCUACGCAGCCACCAUGGAAAGGGCGCUUGGGAAACGGUGAAACAGGGUAUUGAGAGCUUGUCGCAAAUGUGUCCAGAGUUGAAGGCAGAAUGGCUUUUCCACUUGAGCCACACUGCUGUGGCCAUGCACUUUCGACUUGAACACGCGGAUCACUUGACACAGUUUGUGAGCAAACUGCAUUCAGUCGUGCAUGAGCUUGGCGAGAAUCUGAUCAAACAGAACGUGCCGAGUUUGGCUGAAUACAUCAUGUCCCUUCUGGAAGAACUCCGUGGCGAUCCGCACGCAGCUGGUAAGCUUAUCCAAGAUUUGGCAGAUACGUUUCCGACUGCCUUUCAGGACACUGCUUACCUUAAGCGGCUUCCCAUCUAUUUUUACAAGAAGGCUCAAACUGUGGCUUGUGAGCUGCAUGAGCGCUUCCAUUCCUUGGAUGAUCGCUUCAACUUUCCUGAUAUCGAAAUGUUGACGGGCAACGUCGACCCGCUGGUCAUCGCAGUGUUGAGACGUCACGAAGUCGUGAAGACCACAUGGGAUUUGACCAAAGCUUUGCAGGCUGACACUGAUUUGUCAACUGGCGGUGCUGCAGAAGUUUCUUUGCGUGCGGCUGGUGUCGCAGCACUUGAAGAUAUGGCCUGGUUAGCCAAGCUGAAAGGAUAUCCAAUUUCACCCACGAUGUUGGGAAACUACCUCUGGGCUUGUGGAAAAUCUGAAGCGUAUGCAAAUGCACAGAGACACAUCUCGAAAGAGACCUGUUUCUAUUGAAUUUUUCACCAUUUGUUGCGAUAGUGUGCGAAGAAGGCCUUUGCAAGUUGCACACUUUGUACAUAGGCAGUCGAAAAGUGGCAGCCAAAUGACCUGGCAAGCUAGGCUGGAAAUGCACCCGGAAGCGAUCGGAAGUGCCUCAGGC